UGAAAAACACAUGGAGAGAGACAGAGGAAGGGAGUGAGUGGAACAGAGAGAGAGAGAGAGAGAGAGAGAGAGAUUGACUAAAUCCUGCACAGUGAAAGAGGGGGAUCACAUUCACACCCUUUAGAGGACUCACAGGAAAGGAGAGAGAAUCAGAGAAACACAGAUAUUAUUUUCAGUCACAGCAAGGCUGCUGGGUUUUCAGUGAGGAGAUUCAGAGAAACUCGAAAACAUGUCCAGCUCAAUCCUGCGACGACAAUCCAGCAAAAAGGGAUUGGAGAAGCUCCAGAGGAUCACUGUUCAGCGCAGUCUGGAGGAUGCAGAAGAAAUUGAGAGAGAACGACGACAGCGUGCAAGAGCCAGUUCCUCUACUGAGCCUUCUCAACUCACUGUGACCCCACAGGACAGCCCUCACACUGCACAGGCUCUGGACAACCAGGGUCAGAACGACCUGCUCCCAAGCUGCCAAUACUCUUUGGAAGAGGACGAAGGCUUCAGUGAUUGGACACAUCUGAGUAGGCGCAAACAGGGACAAAUGGAACAUAAAGAUGUAGAAACACAUGUCAACGGCUCCCGUCACUCAAAACUCCAGCUGUGCUCCAGCUCUGCUCAACAAAGUAAACUGCAUGAUAUAAAUGUGUAUGACAGCACCCCAUCCAUACAGACCAGACCCCCCCUUUCAAAUCAGCAAAACCUGGAUGAGGAUAAUGGUGAUGAAGACUGGGGUGCCAGAGAGCAGACAAGAAGAGAUGACAUUAAGGCAGCAGAAAGGGAGGAGAGAGAGACUAGACGGUGGUGUGCAGAGGAGGACGAUGCAAGAAGGGUGAAAGGUCAUGAGUCAUCUUUCUGGAAAAAACAAAAUGAGAGCUGUGACAUGGAUGAGAAGAGAGAAAAGAAGGCAGAGAUGAAGAUUUCCUACACCUCCACAGUCAUCCUCCAGCAGAAUGGGAGACAAUACAGUACUAAUGGACAAGAGGGGAGGAGAACAAAUGACAGUGUGUCUGAGGAGGUGUUUGAGAAGAGCAGUGAGGAGAACCAGCAGCACACAGAGACGGAAGAUCAGACUCAUGAGGAGGUGCAGAGGAGGUUGAGAGAGCAGGAGCGAGAGAGGAAGAGAAAGGAUGUGAUGGAAAAAUUGAAGAGGUUGAGUAUAUCCAGUGGAGAUCCAGAGGAGCCCUUCAGCCCUCUCAGCCCCAAGAGCCCCUCCUACAUGGCUGAGGGUGAGGAGUGGCAAUCGGAAGGUACAAGCUCGAUUACUGAGAGGACUGAGUCUCUAAACCGCUCCGUUAAAAAAAAGAACAGCAUUAAGAAGACCCAGCCUCCCACGAUCAUCUCAAAGUUAGAUGGCAGACUGGAGCAGUACAACCAUGCCAUUGAGGAAUCCUGUAAAGAGGGCAACGCAGCCAAGGUAAUGGACGUCCCAACACCACCAGAACCCGUAUCUGCUCGGAAAACCCUGUUUGAGGCGGGAGAAGCCUGGAAUCAGAAUUCAACAAAGGCUGUGUCCUCCAAGGAUACAGAGGGAAUGAAGGUGGGUGUGACAGAUCUAAUUAACCAAUGGGUGAAAGGAAACUGUGAUGUCAAGAGCCCCUCCUCCAAAGGAGCUUGCCAGGAAGUUAAGGCUGGUGAGGUGCGCAACAUAAAAUCCAUGUGGGAGAACCUGGGAGACUCCUCACCACAAGAUAAAUCAUGCGCAAAGGGAUCGACUGGAAAAAGGUACAAAUUCGUUGAGAGCGGCCAUGGGAAAUAUGAGAAGGUCUUAAUAAAUAGCGACACAAAUUGAGGAACAACUGGCUGCUAAUCACAAAGAUGUCUGAAGACAGGAUGCUUAUGUGAUCAUUGUCCUUCAGUUAUUGCACUGUAAAAAUUGAAACCCACUAAAAUUGAAAACUUAUUUUAAUUGUAAACAAAAAUCAAAGUGGUGCCAAAGCCACACACACUUUGAAUGCCUAUACUGAUGAAGUUGAAAAUCAAGUUGAAACUUUAAGAACUCGGAUAAUCAAGUAAUUCUGAACAGAAAUUAUUGUGACAAGUUAAAUAUUUGGAAGCACAUAUGCUGUUUUAAUGAUGGAAAAUAUUAUAGUGGGGGGUUUUAGUUAAUUUUAAACAUCUCAUUUAUGGGUCAACCUCAAAUCAUUGAUGUCCAAUCCUGCUUCUGGAGAGCCACUGUCCUGAUUUUUGUCAAAACUAAAGUAUUUUUCCAUUUACAUGUGUAUCAUGUCAGAGUUUUUCAAUUAAGUGAUUGUGUAAGUGUUUAGUACAGAUUGAGGAACAACACCAGUCAGUAUUAAAUACAGAAUGUAGUCUGGAAGAGGGUAUCAGACAAUAAUCUGAACUGUCAACUCUGAACCCAGUGGCACAAAGUGCUACAUAUUAAUUUCCAAUAAGAAUUCUCAGAGAUACAGAUAUAUGUACCUUUUUUGUCAAAAUGUUGAAUUAAUUCUUUUUUUUCUGUUAAAAUUCUGUUUAAUUAGUAUUUCCUCCUGAAUGUUUUUACUCAAACCAUCCUGUUCUUAUUUUUGUGAUUUUUUUUCCCUCUCAUGAUUUUUCCCUCUCCAUAUAAGUGAAAAAUAUUCUAUUAUGUAGCAUUACACAGUCAACACAAAGUUAAUAAAACUCAAUU